AUGACCCAAUGCUAUAUCCUUCACUACACAAGUUCUCUGCAGAAACUAGCUGACCUCGACAGCUUCACAGGUGACCUCUCUCCUGGCAAAUGCAAGGGUGGUGCUGCAGCUGCUCUCGAGCCACUGGUAAUUAUCUCUGGCAGUGUUGUCAAGCAGGAGCAAGACAAGAAUGAAGGACUUGAGGCACUUGAUAAGGACAUUGAAGGAUUAUGGCAGUUCUACGCUGUCAAAUACAGCAGUGCAAGUGUUAUUCUUAGAGGCAAGGUUCCGAGGAUCUACACUGAGCAGCCACCAGUCACCCUGGGUGCAUAUAAGAACCCACUACCAAUUGUGAAGGAGUUACAUGUAUCUCACAUAGCGAAGAUGAUUUUAGGCAAUUACAAGGUGAAGUACAUUGUGUGGUGUGGGGUGAAGACUGGCAUAUUCUUGAGCUGGGCUGACUGCAAGCCCAAUGCUCAGAACUUCCUGAAUGCAGAUCAUCAGAAGGAGAAGAACCUUGAUGAAGCCAUCACGUUGUACAUUUCCUUCCAAGGUCAUACGAUGCAAGUGCAGACUAACAAAGUCCCACCAUGGGAUACAAACACGCCACAAGGGGCAGAGGAGUCUCAUCUGUGGGACCAAUGGCAGACAGAUACCUUCACUCUCAUGGGUAUGCUCUUGCAAGUUUGUGCAGUUGCUUUCUUUCAAAAAUUUGCUGCCAAGCAGGGAGAACUACUUAAAAUGCGAAAUUUCUCUGAAGCUGAAGGAGUGGGUGCACAAGAGCAUGGCAAGAGCUCUGAAAAUGUCAAGGACACCUUGGUGGCACAGGCACAAAUGGAAGACAGUAUACAGACUUACUCCUAUUGA